GAAAUCGACCACGUGCACAGAGAUUUGAGCAAAUUCGAGAAGAACAUGAAAGACAUACAAGCCUCCGGCUCCUUGUUCGAAGUCAACGUACCGGAAUUCAAAAUACUGAAGCAAUGCAGAAGGGAUCUGAGAUUGCUGAAGCAAUUAUGGGAUUACGUGAACAUAGUGCACACUUGCGUGGACGAUUGGAAGACCACUCCGUGGAGGAAAAUCGAUGUGGAGAACAUGGACAUCGAAUGCAAGAAGUUCGCGAAGGAAGUUAAAAUGCUGGACAAGGAAAUGCGAGCUUGGGAUACAUUCGUCGGUCUGGAAGCCACCAUUAAAAACACUUUAACGUCUUUGAAAGCCGUAGGGGAAUUACAGAAUCCUGCGAUUCGCGAAAGGCAUUGGGACCAACUGAUGACAAGUACAAAGACCAAGAUCGUGAUGGACCACAACACGACGUUGGCCGACCUCCUGGAGCUGAACCUGCACGAGUGCGAGGAGGAGGUGAAGAACAUCGUCGACAAGGCGGUGAAGGAGAUGUCGAUGGAGAAGACGCUGCGCGAGCUGAACGUCACGUGGUCGGCGAUGGAAUUCGAGCAGGAGAUCCACGUGAGGACGGGCUGCAAGCUGCUGCGCGCCAGCGAGGAGCUGAUAGAGACGCUGGAGGAGAACCAAGUGCAAUUGCAGAAUUUGAUAACGUCGAAGUUCAUCGAUCACUUCUUGGAGGACGUCUCUUCGUGGCAGAACAAGCUCAGUUUGGCCGAUCAAGUGAUUACUGUUUGGUUCGAGGUGCAAAGGACUUGGACGCACUUGGAGUCGAUUUUCAUGAGUUCGGAAGACAUUCGCAAGCAGCUACCCGAAGACUCGGAACGAUUCGAUAAAAUCGACACGAACUUCAAGAAACUGAUGAUAGAAAUGGCCAAAGUCCCGAACGUCGUGGAGUCGACCAACCGGCCCGGCCUGCUGGAGGUGCUCGAGGAGCACCAGAAGAACUUGACCCUUUGCGAGAAGGCUCUGGCCGUUUACCUCGAAACCAAGCGACUGGCCUUCCCGCGCUUCUACUUCGUCUCCUCCGCCGAUUUAUUGGACAUACUGUCCAACGGCAACCAGCCGGAAUUGGUCGCCAAGCAUCUGAUAAAGCUCUUCGACUCGAUAGCCAAGCUCAAUUUCGGCAGGAACGACGACGGCAGUCUCGACAAGCAAAUUCACGGAAUGGUGGCGAAGGAUGGAGAAGUUGUGCAAUUCAAUGCAUCGACCACCUGCGACGGUGCUGUGGAAGUUUGGUUAAACCGAGUCCAAGCCAGCAUGAGAACCACAGUUAGGAUAUUCACCGGAGACGGUGUUGCUUCUUACGAAGAAAAACCAAGAGACCAAUGGUUGUUCGAUUUUCCAGCGCAAGUGUCUUUAUGCGGCACUCAAAUAUGGUGGACGACUGAAGUGAACGCGGCCUUCUCCCGAUUGGAAGAAGGCUACGACAACGCCAUUAGAGAUUACUACAAAAAACAAGUCUCCCAACUCAGCACCCUCAUAACACUAUUACUGGGCGAUUUAACGCGCCAGGACAGGCAGAAAAUCAUGACGAUUUGCACCAUAGACGUCCAUUCGAGGGACGUCGUGGGAAAACUCAUCCAAACCAAAGUGGAAAGCGCUUUGGCGUUCCAGUGGGUGUCCCAGCUCAGGCACCGUUGGUGCGACAAAGACAAGCAGUGCUACGCCAACAUAUGCGACGCCCAAUUCAAAUACAGCUACGAAUAUUUGGGCAAUACCCCGCGGCUCGUUAUCACCCCUUUAACCGAUCGUUGUUACAUCACUUUGACUCAAAGCCUUCAUUUGAUAAUGGGCGGUGGUCCAGCUGGUCCUGCUGGUACAGGAAAAACCGAAACCACCAAAGACUUGGGCAGAGCGCUGGGAAUUAUGGUGUACGUGUUCAACUGCUCUGAACAAAUGGAUUACAAAUCGUGCGGUAAUAUUUAUAAAGGCUUGGCUCAAACGGGAGCUUGGGGUUGCUUCGAUGAAUUCAACAGGAUAUCCGUUGAAGUGCUAUCAGUAGUAGCGGUGCAAGUAAAAUCCGUUUUAGAUGCUAUUAAAAACAAGAAAGUCACCUUCGACUUUAUGGGCGAUCCCAUUCAGCUGGUUCCUACUGUCGGCAUCUUCAUUACCAUGAAUCCUGGAUACGCGGGAAGGACCGAAUUACCAGAGAAUUUGAAAGCUCUGUUCAGACCUUGCGCUAUGGUUGUACCCGAUUUCGAAUUGAUAUGCGAAAUUAUGCUGGUAGCGGAAGGUUUCCAGGAGGCGAAAAUCCUAGCGAGAAAAUUCAUAACUCUCUACACGCUUUGCAAGGAGCUACUCUCCAAGCAGGAUCAUUACGAUUGGGGAUUGAGGGCUAUUAAAUCAGUAUUGGUUGUAGCAGGAUCUCUGAAGAGAGGCGAUCCGGGAAGGCCGGAGGAAGAGGUGCUGAUGAGAGCUUUGAGGGAUUUCAACAUACCCAAGAUCGUAACAGACGACACGCCAGUUUUCAUGGGGCUGAUUGGUGAUCUGUUCCCGGCGCUGGAGGUCCCCAGAAAAAGAGACGCGGAAUUCGAAAAAACCGUCAAGCAGGCAGCCAUCGACUUGAAACUGCAACCGGAGGAUAAUUUCAUUCUAAAAGUGGUUCAAUUAGAAGAACUUCUGGAAGUCAGGCAUUCCGUCUUCAUAGUGGGCAAUGCUGGUACAGGUAAAACGGAAGUAUGGAAGACUCUCUUCAGAACUUACACCAACAUGAAGAGAAAACCGGUCUUCAACGAUCUGAACCCCAAAGCUGUUACCAACGAUGAAUUAUUCGG